UGCGCCAGAGAAGCCCCGCCGAUCAGCUGCUUCUUGACAAAUGGGAGGAGGAGGCGACUUGCGACUCGAAGUCCUGUUGAGCAAUUCUGCCUCGCUUUUAAGUCGAUUCCAUAGCCGUUCAUAAUGUCGUCUGAGAUUAACUUGCUGCUAGAGAAGGCAACAAGCCCAUUACUUCUAGACAUCGACUGGGACUCGACUCUGCAUAUUGUUGAUCUGAUACGCCAAGGAGAUGUAAACCCCAAGGCUGCUGUUCAGUCGUUGCUGAAUCGGCUGAAGGACACAAACCCAAAUGUUGUCCUGCUGGCGCUGCAAGUUUUUGAGUCUGUUGUGAAGAAUUGCGGGCAGUCCGUGCAUGAGCAGGUGGCAUGUCGAGGAGUCAUGGAGCAGAUUAGUGAUAUUCUGCGCUCGAAUCCCAAUGAAGAAGUGAGAAAGAAGAUCCUUAUGAUGCUGGCCACUUGGGUCUAUGCUUUUCGGAAUGAGCCCAAGUAUCGUGCUGUCCAGGAUACGGUAAACAUUCUGAGAACAGAAGGUUUCCACCUGCCGACUGUGAGUGAGAGUGAUGCUAUGUUCACAGCCGACCGAGCACCAGAUUGGGCCGAUGGUGAAUGCUGUCACCGAUGUAGGUCACAGUUUACCAUUAUAAGACGAAAGCACCAUUGCCGUGCUUGUGGGCAAGUCUUUUGUGGGGAUUGCUCAAGCAAGUUUUCUACAAUCCCAAAGUUCGGCAUUGAGCGUGAAGUUCGUGUUUGUGAGUCCUGUUAUGAUGACAUCAACAAGUAAGUUGCAUUGCUUUUAAUUUUCUUUGCAUGUAAACUGUCACUAACAUAUUCAUUAGUUCACGUUGUAUAUUACUUAGUUUGAGCAAACAAGCCAUAUUCACUGAAUACUAAGAAAAAGUUUUUGUUUUCAUGAAUAUUCCUUCUAUUAAUCGUGCAGCACUUAUUCUGUAAAUAAAAUUUCAGUUGCAGUGGGAAGUUUGUGUACAUGGUUUCAACUUCUGUAAUCUUACAAUUGAUAUCUUAGGCUCCAGUGGUUUAAUCCAUUGCCAGUGUCACAGUUAAUGUGGUGGGGAGGUUUCAAAUGUAUCCAUCAUUUUACUUUUUCACCUUGUGUGACUGCUGAACUAGACAUUCUUGACUGUAAAAGGCUGUGGAAAAUGGAAGAGCUCUUAUGGGUUAAUGCAAUUGUGAACUCAGAGUAGUGCAACUUCUCCAAAUAUUUUUUUUUAUAAGUUUGACUUCUUCGGUGGAUUGCUUUGUUUGGGUGGAUUGAUCUACAGACUUCUAUUCUGUAAUU